AUGAACCCGAGAGGGGGGGGGGAGGGGUAUCGGAGGGGUCUCAGGGCAAUCCCUUUAGGAGUCUACGUCAAUAUUAAGGCCCCAAUUUUCCCCUUGGGCCCGGACUCUCCGCCCUGGGCCCCUUGGACUCUCCGCCCUGGGCCCCCAGGACUCUCCGCCCUGGGCUCCCUGGACUCUCCGCCCUGGGCCCCUUGGACUCUCCGCCCUGGGCCCCCAGGACUCUCCGCCCUGGGCUCCCUGGACUCUCCGCCCUGGGCCCCUUGGACUCUCCGCCCUGGGGCUCACUGGACUCUCCGCCCUGGUCUCCCUGGACUCUCCGCCCUGGGCCCCUUGGACUCUCCGCCCUGGGCCCCUUGGACUCUCCGCCCUGGGGCCCACUGGACUCUCCGCCCUGGGGCCCACUGGACUCUCCGCCCUGGGGCCCCCUGGACUCUCCGCCCUGGGGCCCCCUGGACUCUCCGCCCUGGGCCCCCUGGACUCUCCGCCCUGGGGCCCACUGGACUCUCCGCCCUGGGGCCCCCUGGACUCUCCGCCCUGGGGCCCCCUGGACUCUCCGCCCUGGGGCCCCCUGGACUCUCCGCCCUGGGGCCCCCUGGACUCUCCGCCCUGGGCCCCCUGGACUCUCCACCCUGGGGCCCCCUGGACUCUCCGCCCUGGGCCCCUGGACUCUCCGCCCUGGGCCCCCGGACUCUCCGCCCUGAGCCCGGACUCGGGAGUCCAUUGCCUCCUUAG